AUGGAGAUUCAAGAUGACGAGUUAGUAAUGAAGAUUCCUAACUUGAUUGAGUCAGAUGAAAAACAACAAAUCCCAUAUUCAAUCAAAGUUACAGGAAGUUCCACAUUCAGUUUUAAAGGGGUAUUAAGUGGAGAAGAGGAAGUUAAUAUUCCAUUAAAUGGGGAUUUAAUACUUGGAAUGAAAGACGAAGAUACAGAUGAAGUUGGCAUUUCAUCCACAUUCAUCAGUAAAGAAAAAGAAGGAAAUAUUAAUAUUGUCUUCAUUUGUGAUAGAAGUGGAAGUAUGUAUGGAGAAGGAAUCACAGCAUUAAGAAAUAUGUUACAAUUAUUCUUAAGACAAUUACCACUAAACUCCAAAUUUCAGAUUAUUUCAUUUGGAAGUACAUAUGACUUUAUAUUUAAAGAAAUGACAGAAUAUAAUGAAGAUACAUUAAAGUUUGCAUCAGAAACUGUUUCACAUUUUGAAGCAAAUUAUGGAGGAACAAAUAUGCAUGCACCAUUGAAAGCAUUGAUUGAUAAUAAUACGGAGAAGUGUCAUAUAAUUUUAUUAACUGAUGGAUAUGUCGAUAAUAAGACAAGUACAAUUGAAUACAUUAGAACUCUUUCAAAAAAGAAUUCAUUACAUGGAGUUGGAUUAGGAAGAAGUUGUGAUGUAGAAUUAAUUAGAAAUAUAGGUCGAAUUGGUAAUGGAAUUUCAGCCAUUUCUAAAAACCCAAAUGUAUUGAAGAAAGAAGUUUCAAAAAUCACUGAGCGUAUUCUCAUUCCAUCUAUUAAUGAAUGUACAGUUGAAUGGAAUAUUAAAGGAGAGAUAACACCAAAAGAAAUUAGUAAUUUCUAUGGAAUGACAACAUGUUAUAUUCAAUGCAACGAAGAAAUUAAAGAAGGACAAAAUAUCGAAAGUGAAAUAAAAGGAAGAUGUGGAGAAAAAGAAGUCACAUACAAGAAUACAAAAAGCAUUAACAUAACCAAAGGAAUUAUUGUUCAUCAAUUAAUGGCACUUAAUCAAAUCAGAAAAUUAGAAAGUGAAAACAAAAAAGAAGAAGCAAAAAAAUUAUCAAUGAAAUAUCAUGUUCUUUGUAAAGAAACAGCAUUUAUUGCUGUUGACAAAACAACCAAAAAAGAAGUUGACUUUAUCAAGAAUAUUAACUUAAAUGCAAAUUAUCCAUCAUGUGGAGGAAACGGACAUUUUAUUAAACCUAUGAUGAUGAGAUGUGCUAAACCUAUGAUGAUGGAAUGUGCUAAACCAAUGAUAAUGAAACACUCUGAAAAAAUGAAGCGUAUGGCAAUGAGACAAACUAAUUCAACAGUAAAUGGUUGUGAAAAAGAAAAGCAUGAAUGUGAAAGAAAAAUGAGUCAAGAAAGUGUUGAUCAAUGUUCAACAAAUCUAAGAAAGAAAGAAGUUGAAACAACAAAAGAACAAAAAUACGAAGAAAUUAUUAAAUGCCAAAAAGCAAAUGGAGAAUUUGUAGGUGUUGAUAAAAUAAUUAAAGAAAUUAAAGAAGUUGAAGUUGAUGAUGUAGAGAGUUCUGUUAUUCAAACAUUCUUUGUCAUUGAAGUUUUACAAGAGAAAUUUAGUGAGAAUAAAGUUGAAUGGAAAUUAGUUGUUAAAAAAGCAGAAAACUGGUUAUCUAGUAAACCAAGAUUAAAAGAAGAUAUUAAAACAAAGAUUCAUUCAAUAGUCAAGUCAUUACAAUUUUAA